GAUGUUCCUGCUGAGUCAAUGGACAAAGACAAUUAUUCUGUGGUGUCUGAAUUUGUAUUCCUGGGACUUUCUAAUUCUUGGGAUAUUCAACUUUUUCUUUUUGUUUUCUCCUCUGUGUUCUACUUGUCAAGCAUGCUGGGAAACUCCCUCAUUGUGCUCACAGUGACUUCUGACCCUCACUUGCACUCUCCCAUGUAUUUCCUGCUGGCUAAUCUCUCCUUUAUUGACCUGGGGAUGUCCUCUGUCAUUUCCCCUAAGAUGAUGAGUGAUCUUUUCCGAAAGCACAAAGUCAUCUCAUUCUAUGGUUGCGUCACUCAGAUGUUCUUUAUUCAUCUGAUUGGUGGUGUUGAGAUGGUGUUACUCAUAGCAAUGGCCUUUGACAGAUAUGUAGCCAUAUGUAAGCCUCUCCACUACCUAAUUAUUAUGUGUCCAAGAAUGUGCAUUUUGCUUCUGGCUGCUGCCUGGAUCAUUGGCUUCAUCCAUUCAGUGGCCCAGCUGGCUUUUGUAGUCCACUUGCCUUUCUGUGGCCCUAAUGAAUUGGAUAGUUUUUAUUGUGACUUUCCUCGGUUUAUCAAACUUGCUUGCACAGACACAUAUAGACUACAGUUCAUAGUCACUGCUAACAGUGGCUUCAUGUCCCUGUGUGUGUUUUUCAUCUUGAUCAUCUCCUACAUUUUCAUUCUAGUAAAUGUUCAGAAGCAUUCAUCAGGUGGUGUCUCUAAAGCCCUGUCCACUCUGUCAGCUCAUAUCACUGUUGUGGUUUUAUUUUUUGGUCCAUUGAUCUUUGUUUAUACAAGGCCACAUACCACAUCACGUCUUGAUAACUUUCUUGCUGUCUUUAAUAUAGUUCUUACUCCCUCUCUGAAUCCAGUCAUUUAUACCUUAAGGAACAAAGAGAUGAAGGUGGCAAUGAGGAGAGUGUGCAGCCAGUUUGUGAGUUUCAGGAAAAUCUCUUAA